AUGGAUGCAAUCGACGGCAAUCCGGCACUGAGGACUUUGAAAUGGGUGUUUGCUUAAACUUUUGUGGUGUAACUCCCACAGAUUCCAGGGACUCCAAUGGGCGACAUCGUUUCCUGCCGCUCUCAUUGGAACACGUUCUCAUACCAGGUCGCUUACCUAAGGAUUUUUGGCUCUAUCAUUAUAUGCACUACAAACUUAAGGCGGGUCUGGAGUGCUGUUCAACCUAUGCCAUAACAAUUCACUAUGUAUUAUACUAUCAAAUGUAUUUGUUUGACUAUCUUCUUUAUAAUAUGCAUCCAUAUGGUAUUAUUAAGGGCCAUGAGCCUCUUGUCGUGAAUCCAUCCGGGAACGAGAAUGUAUAGCUAAUUAGGACUAUCAACGGAAAAAAGUGCAUUUAUCUAAUUACAAUCAAUGUACUAUAAUAAUAAGUAAACAGAAUUCCUUCCUUCUAAA